AUGUCUUCUCUCAACAGCGGCUCCUCCAUAUACCACGGUGUCCAGGGCUUCUACUGGCGCCGUCCCGACUUCUCUUUGGUCUCGACGCACGGCACAAAUGCCGCCAACUUGGAGUCUGCCUGGUCACAAUUGCGGCACCAGCUUUCGUCGAUACAGCCGCGCCAAAAUAUUGCUCUUUCCUCCGAAAAACACAUCAAGUCCACCGACAUCUCCUUGAGCCUGGCAUCCGAAAGUUCGACAUACUGCGUCCGAGAACUUCAUAAUUCGGCACGGCCGGACAGCAUUCUGGGUUUGGUUUGCACCAAAAGCGCCGGUCCUACCUCCGAAGAAUCCUCCAUGGAUCUAGUGUCUUGGGCCGAGUUGUUCGUGCUCUGCGAAACUCGUCUCCUGCCGCCGACAAGCCGCUCGUCUGCAACGCCAGACCAGGAUGAUGCUCAGCUUGCUUCGCGCAUCGCCGAGAUAUUCGACCAGUACCUCCGCAACGUUGUUCCGCACGACAAGUGGAAUGUGGGUCGCAGCUACUUCGAGGCCCGCGUGCUGGACUUUGUUAGCCGCCGCCUGCCCGUCCGAUUCUGUCUUCCGGCUUUCCCCUGCAAGUCACCAAGCGCAGAGAAGACGUGCGGUACCGACCCGGACCGCGCUGAGUAUCUGGCUCUGAAGACACUUGACGAGUUCGCACGUCGCGUGGGCGAUGUCUACAGCCCCGGCGCCAUUGUGCUUAUCGUCAGUGACGGACACGUCUUCUCAGACCUGCUGGAGGUCAAGGAUGAUCAAGUGGACAUUUAUGGAGAGUCCCUGAAACAGAUGUAUUAUCGCAUGAAGUCCAGCAAUCAGUGCAACGGCAACAUCCAGUUCACCUCCUUGACUGAGAUCUUCUUCGGAAACGACGAAGUCACGGGCCUUUUCCAGGAGAAGUGGGUCGAGAAGGACGAGCUGACGCACCCGAUCGACUCGGAGCGCUCCGAGAAUGCAGAGCUCUGCCGCAAGUUGAUGAUGGCUCUCGGCCAGAACGACAAGACCAUCCUACGCAGCCUGAUCAGCAGCCAAGACCCCUCUACCCUCGGUCUGUACCGCGGUCUGUCGCGGUUCAUGCUAGACGACUUGGCACAGAGCCGUGCUUUCGCCGGCCUGAGCAUGUCUAAGAGGAAGAAGAUCUCGUCCAGCGUCGCUUCCGAGAUGAUUGUGCGCAACUGCGCGUACUCGAACCUCGUUGAGCUACUCUUCCCGUCCCACGUGCGCCUUUCCAUCCAUGCCCAUGACAACUCGGGCCCCAAGUUUGCCAUCCGCCUGCUCAAGGCCAUCGCGGUCGAGGACCUCGAGACGCGCAACGCACAGAAGUCUCUCGACAACUACCACACGCCGACGCCGUGGCACAACUGCCUGGCAUACGUCGAGGGCGAGAGCACGCCGUAUCUCAUCAAGGCGCGGGCCGCGCACGACGCCAUGGCCAAGGGCUACCUCCAGGGCGCAUGGACCGAGUCUGACAACGGCGGCUGCUUCGCCUUGAAGCCGGUGCGCCCGCAGCCCUUGGCCAUCCAGAUCCCGCAGUCGCCCGUUGCCGCCAUGGCUGCUCAGGACGAGGUUGUCGUCAGCGCAAUCGAGAAGCCCCAGCCGCUAUUUGUGCAGGAGUACCCUAUGCUGCAGAGGAUGCUUCCGCUUGUGUAUUUGCCCAUGAGAUGGGCGGUGGAGUACGUUGCUUGGGUUGGUGGCUCUUGGAGGUUCUGGGCCUCUGCAUGA